UAACAGCUCUUUCUCUUUCUCCCACACCUAAGCCCCUCCUUGCUGUUUUUCUUUCGUUUGAUCCACAGGCACAAUCCCCAAAUCAAUCGAUCCAUUUAUAUGUCAAUAGAAACACAUCAAUCUCCAGUGUUUAAACCACACUUUUGAAUCGAUACAAUCUAUCAUGGCCGAAACUUUGAGCUUGAUUGAUAAGAAUGCUAUCGUCACUCAAAAACCCAUUAGUCGUGAAAACCCAGGUGGUGAAUCGACUGAAUCUUUAGCUCCGGUGGAUAAAUCUCCUUUUAGAAGGAUUGAGUUUCACCUAGCCAGGAAGCCCUUCACCGGGUUCACUAAAGGAGGCGGCGAUGGGAGUUUUCGGCUUGAAACGCUCAAUCCUACCUCCACGAGCUCAAAUAAUACGUAUGGGAAUCAGCAGGGCGUCGGAUUGGAUAGUGUUGGUGGUGGGUCUUCGGCUAAGAAAAGAGACGCAUCGGAGUUAGGAAACGGGUUGGAUCCAGAACUCAGUUUUGGAAUUACUUUUCGGAGAAUUGGUGCAGGUUUGGAGAACCUUGGGAAUACUUGCUUCCUCAACUCAGUACUCCAAUGUUUAACAUACACCGAGCCUUUAGCUGCAUAUUUACAAAGUGGAAAGCACCAAGUUACUUGUCAAAAAGCUGGAUUUUGUGCAUUGUGUGCUAUCCAAAAACAUGUCAGCCGUGCACUACAAUCUUCAGGGAGAUCAUUAGCACCCAAGGAUCUUGUUUCAAAUUUGCGUUGCAUAUCUAGGACUUUUAGGAAUUCAAGGCAAGAGGAUGCUCAUGAGUACAUGGUAAAUUUAUUGGAAUCAAUGCACAAAUGUUGCUUACCUACAGGAGUCCCUAGUGAAUCACAAAGUGCCUAUGAUAAAAGUUUAGUCCACAAGAUAUUUGGUGGUCGUCUCCGAAGUCAGGUGAAAUGCAUGCAGUGUAACUAUUGCUCUAACAAAUUCGAUCCAUUCUUGGAUUUAAGCCUGGAGAUAUUGAGAGCAGACACUUUGUAUAAAGCUUUUGCAAAUUUCACUGCUAAAGAACAGUUAGAUGGAGGGGCAAAACAGUAUCAGUGCCAACAAUGCAAGCAAAAAGUCAAGGCUUUAAAACAGCUUACAGUUCACAAAGCUCCCAAUGUCCUCACUGUUCACCUUAAAAGAUUCGGUUCCCAUAUGUCAGGCCAAAAGAUUGACAAGAAAAUCCAAUUCGGUUCUACUUUGGACUUAAAACCUUUUGUCACUGGUCCAUAUGAUGGGGAUUUGAAGUACACUCUAUAUGGGGUUUUGGUUCAUGCUGGUUGGAGUACACAUUCUGGGCACUAUUAUUGCUUUGUUAGGACAUCUAGUGGCAUGUGGUAUUCACUUGAUGACAAUCGUGUAUAUCAAGUGAGUGAAAAGAAGGUUUUUGAGCAGAAAGCCUACAUGUUGUUUUAUUUCCGUGAUCAAAAGAGUUUUCCAUCAAAGAAAACUACAGAUGUUGUUCAUCAGAAAGAAAAGAUUCCAAUGAAUAAUGGCCUCAGUGUAUCAAAAGAAACCCAAAAGAUUCCAAUGAGUAAUGGCCUCAAUGUAUCAAAAGAGACCCAAAAGAUUCCAAUGAGAAAUGGUUCCAGUGUUGUACCAAAAGACACCCCAAUACCCCUGAAUGUACCAAAAGAGACCCAAAUAUCCUCAAUUGUACAAAAAGAGACCCAAAUGAAUGUCAUUUUAAGUAAUGGAUCUUCAGUUACAGGUGCAACAGAACAAAAAGCAAAGAAAGAAGAUUUGGUUCCAAAAAGUUCAGAAAGCUCAGUCAACUCCAAAAAUGGAGAUUUUAGUGUCCCGAAUGUGAAUCUUGGAAAUGCUGAAAGUAAAACAGAUAAGGGUGAAACUUUGAAGGAAAAUGGUAGAGGUGAGUUGGUUGUUGGAAGCAAUAGUGGUGGUGAUGGUGAAAAGGGGGCUGCAAUGGUAGUAGAUACACCAGACUUGCCAAAAAUGGAAAGUUUGACCAACAAGGAACCUCAUGACCAAAAAGUCCACAAGAAAGCAAAGAACUUACCAGAAAUGGGAAGUUUGACCAAGAAGAAGGAUGUUGACCGGAAACCCAACAAGAAAGUAAAGAACUUUUUGAAGUGCAAGAAAAUUGUAAGUAUGAAAGUCAGUGCAAAUGUUCUAAUGGGGACUUCAUUAAACCGAAGGAAGAAAAAGAAACAUAAGCAAGGCAAAAAGAUCAAGAAACUUGAUAAAGAAAAGUCGGUCAAUGAAGGUCAACCUUCAUCUAAAAAAGUCAAAGAACAGGAUGUGGUCAAACCUCCAGUUGAAAAUGGAUUCAAAGAGAGGGUUAAUAAAGAUGGAGCUGUUCUUGCAACAAAUGACUUAAAUGGUGUCUCAACAGGAAUCCAAUCAAAUCAUUUGAGGGAUAAUUCAACACAAAAAGAUUUGCUUCAUUUGCUUACAAGAGGUUUAGAUGACAGAACUGUCCCUCGUUGGGAUGAAGGGGAGUCGACAACUUCUCAUAUAAGAGAAAGAAAACGAGAUCUCACCAUUGGUUACAUUGGAGAUGAAUGGGAUGAAGAAUAUGACAGAGGAAAGAGGAAGAAAGUAAGGAUUUCAAAAACCGAAUUUGAUGGAAAGAAUCCGUUUCAAGAUAUUGCAAAUGAGAGGUUAAAAUCGGAAAAACCGAAUUUGUCGAAAAGACCCGUGAACAUGAAAAACGAGCAUUUUAAAAAGUCAAGAUCUGGGAGACCUUUUAGGUUAUGAUGUGGAAAUUAUGACAAGUUUUUUGGUUGAUGAGAAUUGAGAAUUGAGAAUUGAGAAUGCCCGAGAUAAUUUAUGAGGUGUUUUCUUGGAAAUUCUUUUCCGAUUUGUAGAUUUUGCCCGAGUUUGUGAGGUGUGGGAGUAAUUUUAGUUUUCAUGUUUGAAAUUAGGGUUUUGAAUUGAGGUGGUGUUUAUGACUACUUGUGAACAUGGUGAAAAAUGUAUGUGUUUUGUAUUUUGUUUAAGAGGAUAUGGAACUCAUGUGUCUUUAAAUGUUUUCACAUAAAAUACUAAAUGUUGUCUUUGUUCUA